AUGCUGGCUUUUCUGAGCGGCUACGACAGUGGGUCCACGAAUAUUUCCGGCAUACAGUCAGGUCACCGAGGUGUUGAAGCAGUGUUGCUUAUAGCUUGCGCAUUGUGCUCGAGACUGGAGCUUGUAAGCGUUCGUACGCAAUCCCUGUUGAGUUCGCGCAAAGGGACUCAACGUCAACAUGAGCGCGAACGCCUGCUUGUCACUAUGGAUGCGACAGAUGCCUCGAAACGGCGUCUGAUGUCGAUGCGUUGA